AUGCAGACAACAAAACAUUUGAUCGUCUUUUGCGUCCUGUUUGUCGUGCUUGAGCAUGUGGAAUGUGGAACUUUUAGAUCUUCCGAUAAAAAUAAGACCAAAACGAUAACCACUACAAGAAGAACUAGCACAAACCAAGUUAUACAUGUUUAUCAUUACAACAACGAUCUUCGCGAAAAUAAUAAAAAAGUGAACAAAAAUGUCACUUAUAAGUUUCCUGACGGAACUAAAUAUUUUGGUCAGUUCAAAAAUGGCAAAUUAGAUGGGACAGGUGUGAUGACUUGGGCUAAUGGUGAGCGAUACGAAGGUCACUUUGGAAACGGCGAAAGAACUGGACAUGGUAUUUAUUAUUUUACUGAUGGAACUAAAUAUUUUGGUCAGUUCAAAGAUGGGGAAUUUCAUGGAGAAGGCGUGAUGACAUGGAAAAAUGGUGCGCGGUACGAAGGUCACUUUGAAAAUGGGGAAAAACGUGGACAAGGCGUUUAUUAUUUUACUGAUGGAAAGAAGUAUGUUGGACCAUUUGAAAACGGAAAGUUCAAUGGGAAAGGUGUACUGACAUCGAAAAAAGGUACGAGAUAUGAGGGUAGGUUUGUCAAUGGUCAAAUCAUUGGAUAUGGUGUUCUCUCUGCGGCGAAUGGUGACGUGUAUGCAGGAGUUUUUCUCAACAAUAGGUUCCAUGGACGUGGAGUUUACAAAUAUGCCAAUGGCGAUUUGUUUCAAGGUAAUUUCAAGAAUGGUAAAAAAGACGGCAAAGGAAAAAUGAUGUAUGCGGAUGGUAAAGUUCACAAAGGUGUUUGGAAAGAAGACAAACUCAUCACUUGA